AUGUGUAAUCAAACGAGUUCUCUUUUCACACGCUCUUCGCGGCAUGCAACCUACGUUAACUUUCCUCGAGCUGAUGAUUGUUCCUACUUACACAAACUAAGUGUCGAGGAGCAGUGUGAGUUCGUGGAGAUGGCAGAAUCGUGCGCGGAAAGUCGGUUUUACUUCAAUUACGUUGGUUUCCUGUACUGUACCAUCGGCUCUGACCGGGAGUACCUAUUUUGGCUCGGAUUUUUACUACUAUUAUGCGUUUGCAUGUACUAUUUUGUUGUCCUGGGUACGACUGCGGAUCAGUUCUUUUGUCCAACGCUGGCCACCAUUGCAAAGACGUUGAACAUCAGUGAAGCGUUGGCUGGAGUGACUGUUCUUGCGUUUGGUAAUGGUUCGCCGGAUCUCUUUACAGCCGUCGCCAACCCGGAUGCCGAUACUGAGCUUAUGUUUUCCGAGCUGCUCGGUUCGGCGGCAUUCGUUAUCGGUGUGAUUGGUGGCGUGGUGUUGCUAAUACAACCCUUCAGCUUUGCACCGUGGGCAAUCUCGAGGGAUUUGGCCCUGUUUGUGGUGGCUGUCCUGUGGAUAACUUAUCGGGCAUCCGACGAACGGUUUAGCUUAUUGGAUAGUUCGGUGCUGAUUGGAAUCUACGUGGUAUUUUUAGGAUUGGUUGUUUGGGAGUUUAUCCGGGCAAAGCGUCAAGUGCGUAGAGGUAAAUUCCUUCAACGAGCUGAAAUUAUCAUUAGACGUCGUGAACCAGCACCGGUCCAUGUGCAAGAGAGGACAAUUCCUCAACGUGAAGAAAACAUACCCGACAAUGAAGGAUUGCUUCGGGAUUUCUGGAUUCAUUUGAACCCCAUCGAUACGGAUGAGUGGACGCAAGGAAGCUGGAUGUCGCGAAUGUUCUGCAUUAUGAAAGUUCCCUUCGUGUUAGUGCUUUUGCUUACCAUUCCAAUCGUGGACGUUACAGCGGAGCGUGACGGUUGGUGUAAGCUGCUGAACAUUUUGCACUGUUUGACUUUACCUCUGUUCAUUACAUUCGUUAAUGGUUUUGCUUUUACGAGCAUUUUCCACGUGCCUGUGCCUUGUUGGAUUGUUCUAGCGUCCGUUCCAUGGGUGCUGGCUAUAUUCUGGACCUCACGUACCGAUCGCUGCCCACGGUACCACAAACUCUUCACCGUGCUCAGCUUCCUUGGCUGCAUUCAAGUGAUCUACAUCGUGGCCCAGGAAGUGGUGAGCGUGCUGGAGACUGUAGGGAUCGUGCUGAAGCUGUCCAAGUCCAUCCUGGGUCUGUCGCUGCUCGCCUGGGGCAACAGUGUCGGCGAUUUGUUCUCCAACGUAGCGCUAGCUCGCCAGGGAUACGGUAAAAUGGCGUUUGCCGCUUGCUUCGGUGGGCCACUGUUGAAUCUUUGCCUCGGGUUAGGUCUUACAUUGAUAGCUAAGGCGGUUGGUGAACCCCAUCUGGAUGCAGAGGUUCGCAAAGGCGUAAUGGGAGAGAAUUGUGAAGUGUAUCUACUGCAAAUCCUAACGACCACCUGGAUGGGGUUGCUGUUCACCAAUUUCCAAGGGCGAAGAAGCAUCGGGUUGUGCAUGAUAGUGACCUACCUGGUGUUUUUGAUCUUUUCUUUCCUGGGCGAGUUUGAACUCAUUCACCCUUACGGCACGGAUCAUCAUCCCUAA